GGGUCGAUGAAGCCGGACGAGGAGCUUUGGCUGGACCCAUAGUAGUAGCCGCUGUUAUUUUGCCCGUUGGUUUCCAAAAUCCCUUAAUUCAAGAUUCAAAAAUACUUAGUCCUAGUCAAAGAAAAAGAGCUUAUCGAAUAAUUAAAAAAAAUGCCUUGGAAUACAAAAUAAUUUUCAAAAGCCCUCGCGAAAUUGAGGAAAAGAAUCCUCUCGGAGCCACCCAAGAAGCAAUGGUAGAAGCCAUUUUAGAACUCAAAAAUAAGCCAAACUUAUGUUUAGUAGAUGGUAAAGAAGAAAUAACUAUUGGGGGGAUAGAAACGCAAAGCCUAGUUGGGGGCGACCGGAAAUCAAUUAAUAUCGCUGCUGCUUCCGUUAUCGCCAAAGUAACCCGGGAUGCUCUGAUGCAAAAAUUACAUAAAAAAUAUCCUUGCUACGAUUGGUUUAGUAAUAAAGGCUAUCCAAAUACAGCCCAUUUAGCAGCACUUUUUCGCUAUGGAAUUUGCGAUUUACACCGCAAAACCUAUGAACCAAUUAAAAGUUUAUUAAAACCUAAUAGUGAUUUAAAAAAAAUCUCGGAAAAAUAUAAAUUAAGUAAAUAA